AUGGCGACAAUCCGCUCCCGAAAUGCGCCCAAGGUUUUUGAUAUACACGAAGACGAAAUGAGAGAGGAGGAAGUAGAAGACGAUCAAGAAACGGAGGAGUCAAGAGGUGAAGAGGACGAGGAGGAUGGAAGAGGGAAAGACUACGAUUCAGAGGAGAGCGACUCAAUUGUAGACCCAAUUGUACAGGAAGACAUGGACAAAUUUCAAGAUACAUUUAAAGGCAUCAAAGAGCGGUUCCGGCUGAUAAAUCGCAUUGGAGAGGGUACAUUCUCGACUGUCUACAAAGCAGAGGAUCUGCUAUACGACGUAUACGUUAAUGAUUGGGACUUGGAAGAAAAGGAAAAUGGCACGCCUUUUAGAUCUCCGCCUGUUAAAAGACGCAGCGCAGUAGACGAGCGUGGAAUGAUCAAACGACGCCCAAAAUACGUCGCGAUCAAGAAAAUCUACGUCACAAGCAGUCCCAUGCGUAUCCUGAACGAAUUGGAGCUCCUCCACGAUCUCGAAAGAUGCGAUUCAGUAUGUCCACUGAUCACGGCAUUCAGACAUACAGACCAAGUAGUAGCCGUCCUCCCCUACUUCAGACACACAGAUUUUCGAGACUAUUUCCGAGAAAUGCGGAUGGGGGAAAUCCAAACCUAUUUCCGCUCUUUAUUUACAGCUCUAGCCGCCGUCCACGAAAAAGGCAUUCUACACCGAGACAUCAAACCCACGAACUUCCUCUACGACACCGACAAGCAACGCGGCGUCUUAGUCGAUUUCGGCCUCGCCGAACGCGAAGGCACAGACUCCAAACCCUGCCUAUGUCAAGAAAGCGAAAGUACUCGUCGCCGACGCAUCACCAACAGCGUAACAGCAGCUUUGGGUCCCUCCUCAGGGUAUCCCAAAAACGACUCCCGACCCUCACGACGCGCCAACAGAGCCGGGACGCGCGGUUUCCGCGCCCCAGAAGUGCUUUUCAAAUGCACUGAGCAAACCACCAAAAUCGACAUUUGGUCCGCCGGUGUGAUCCUGCUCACCAUCCUCUCCCGCCGUUUUCCAUUCUUCAAUUCCGCCGAUGAUGUGGAGGCUAUGAUCGAAAUCGCCACGAUCUACGGCAACAAACGCAUGAGGAACUGUGCGCAAUUGCACGGCGCGGUGUUAGAAACUACGAUCCCAACAAUCGGCAGCGGCGGGUUCACAAUGGAAAAGAUAAUCCUUUGGUCGACGUGUCGUAACAGCGACGGGAAUGAAGAACUGCCCUUGAACGAAGGCGAGAAACUAGCUGUGAAGUUUCUAGAGUGUUGUCUAGAGCUGAAUCCGAAUAAACGAAUCAGCGCAGCGGAAGCGCUGCAGCAUGAUUUUUUGAGGGUUGAGGAUGCGGAAACGGAGUAUGAGGAUGAGAUGGAUUUGGUGUAG